GGCCCGGAGCCCCGGGGGCCAUGGAGCAGGUGCAGCUGAUCAACAUCCAGCGGCUGCUGGAGGCGGCCGAGUAUCUGGAGCGGAGGGAGAGAGAGUGCGAACAUGGCUAUGCCUCGACCUUUCCCUCAGCUCCAAGUCCUGGACUACAAGACCCAAAGCCCACGCGGAGGCUGAGCCGGGCAAGGAAACACAGCGGCAGUGGCAGCAAUGCAAGUAUUGCCAACAGGUCUACGCACAACGAACUAGAAAAGAACCGCCGAGCUCACCUCCGCCUGUGUCUAGAACGCUUAAAAGUUCUGAUACCACUAGGACCAGACUGCACCAGGCACACAACGCUUGGGCUGCUGAACAAAGCCAAAGCACAUAUCAAGAAACUUGAAGAGGUCGAGAGAAGAAGCCAACACCAGCUUGAGAACCUGGAACGAGAACAAAGAUUUCUAAAGAGAAGACUGGAACAACUACAGGGUCCUCAGGAGAUAGAGCGAAUACGAAUGGACAGCAUUGGAUCUACCAUUUCCUCUGAUCGUUCGGACUCUGAGCGAGAAGAGAUUGAAGUGGACGUUGAAAGCACAGAGUUCUCCCAUGGAGAAGUGGACAAUAUCAGCACAACCAGCAUCAGUGACAUUGAUGAUCACAGCAGCUUGCAGAGUAUUGGGAGUGACGAGGGUUACUCCAGCGCCAGUGUCAAGCUCUCGUUUGCUUCCUAGAACCAAGUGAGAUGACAGUGCAGGGUGAAUGAUUUCACUGGGGUGAUCAAACUGGGUCCUAGAUGCCAGUAUCCUCUUUCAGAAAUGACAUAUUGACAGCUAGUCCUGGAGAGACCUGUAAAUAAAACCUUUUGGGUAAAGGAAGAAACUCACAUGUUCAUUUGGUCACGUUACCAAUUCCAAUUCCUGCUGGCAAAAAGUUAGACCAAACUGUAGUCCCAUCGAAGUCAGCGAUAACCAUUUGUUUCUGUGGGACCUGGAUAUAGACCUUAGUGACAAAACACUUUGUUUUGAAUUUAUUUGUUUGAAAGAGGAUACUAGAGACUCAUCCCUCUCUUUCUGUCAUGAGAUCUGGGAAAUGUCAGAAUUUUGUAUGUUGCAUUCAGGCUGAACAACCUAAUUUAGGCCCUUCUGAAGAGCUUUUGUGGUCCUAAAAGGACCAUGUCCUACAAUUUAUCACAAUCCAAUGCUGUUGUAAUGUACUAGGAAAUUUUUGAGGACAUAAGUAGCCUAGGGAUAACAACAUCAACAAUAAUAUUAAGGUCUCAUUCUGUGCCCAGAGAGAGGGGCAGCAAAGAGAUGUUCAGGAAAGAAUACCAUUCAGCUCAGCUUUCUGUUGGACGUCAUUUAAAAAGCAAGUACCUCUGAUGCGUGGCUAAAGCAAGGGGUACACACUUGUAAUCUACCAGCACUUCAUGGGCUGUGUCAUGCCUCAGGCUGUGACACCAACAGCAGAUCUCCCGGUAGAUGUGUGCCCAUACGCCGGCACACAGCCAACUGAGGACAGAAAGAAACCAGCACAUAGAAGAGGUGAUAUGCCAGAAAGUCAUGCCCAGAUACUGAGCCACUAUGACCUUUUUAUUUGAUGAGAUUUUUUGAUAAACAUUUGUAAAUGUGUUGGGAGAGAAAACACCCCAAGUCUGAUGCGUCUUUUUAGAGCUUGUCCAUACAAAACCUUAGAUGUCUUUUAUAUGAAUUUAUGCCAUGAAAAGAUCUCUGUUUUGAUGAAGCACUUGACCCAAUGAAAUGCAAAGAUGCUUUUUGCCGUGCACACAGUGGAUGGAGGCUGUGCUAGCUGCAGAAGGCCAGAUUUGGUGAGGGUUUCUUCAAAUUUCUUUUUAGAAUCAUUCCCUUUGCUGACUUUUAAAGUUCCAGUCCAGUAGUUAACCUAGUUAAGCUCAGCACAUCUCUCACGUUAAUGUAAUGUUUUUGACUGCACGUCCUGUUCCCAAGGGCCUUGCCAUCACACCUGUGCAGGUGCUGUUAAGAGCUGUUCUAGCGAAUGUUUUCUAAUUUUCUCAGAGACGAGCAUUCUAACCUGCACUUUGAGGGCUUUGCUUUUUUAUUUUUGUCUUUUUAAUGGCCAGGAUUUCAUUUUUCCAAGUUUUAAAAACCUUAAUAGAGUUCUCACCUAUGGCAUUGUUUGAAACUUUGUAUAUCCUUAAGUAAUUUAACUACCCCUCAUUACUAAGAAAAGAAGAGGAAAAAAAAAUGCUUUAUAAAAUUCAUAACUUAUUGCUGAUUUGAAUGGGUUGUUAAUUUCAGUCCUUUAGACUUUAUUUUAUUGUUUUAGGUAGGGUUGGGCAAAAAGGUAAAAUAAAAAAAAUAAAAUAAAAACAACCAUAUUUAGCAGUGCAGUGGAAUUGUGUUUAAAUGUUAGCAUAUGGUCCCCAUUAAAGUAGCACUUUAACGCCAUUAAACAUUUCUGUAUCUGAAA